UUCCCUAACACCAACGUGACAUAUGAUUCCUGAGGCAAGCAAGAGAAUCUUUUGAACCAGUCCAUUUCUUCAUCCAGUUUUCUUUGACGUCUUUGACAUAUCCACCCUUUAAGCUUAAGAAAAACAAAUACAAAGCAGUUUGUCAAAUUUGAUCAACAACUGGAAUUCUGAUUGCGAGAGCAAUCAAAAGAUUGCAUUUUGCAAAAGACUUUACUGUUGCUCGUCCAAAAGUCUCCCUUUGUUUAAUAAUAAACCAAGUCCAACGCUUGUUUAUAUUGGCUUCCGAAGCGGCUGCCAUAAGGAUUUGCAGCUGUCCAGGGUGGUUGAAGGUUUGUGGUGGAGGAAGGUGGAAAGGCGGCGCCUUUCUAGGGUUCGUUCCACACUUCAAGGAAUUCACGUUUCAAAUGGAGGAGCAUGGUGAUCAUUUACCUGAAGGCACCAAACCGAAAGAGUAUAUUCCGAAAACUCUCAAGCACCCUGUCAAUUACGACUACAAAGAACGAUCAUUUACUAAGGAAGCAAUGAAUGCGCAACACGAUAAUGGACAGAAACAUCUUGUAAAAGGUUCAAAUUCUUGGUCGACAGACAGAGGCAGCUCAUCGGAAGAUGCCUCCAGAAAAACUAGAAAGAAGCAUCACAACCAAAGCUACGAAACUCCCAUGGAAGAUGUUGUAGUGCCACCGUUUGCAGACUGGGAGAAAAAUCCUGAAUCUGCUGAAAAUUAUACAGAUGUGUUUCAGAUAAUAGGCGAUAGUCGAAAAACUCCCGGUACUCCAAUCAAGUAUUCAUUUGAGAAAAACACUAAACCAGAGAAUACUGAACCUAAGGGUUGUUUUGGACGCUGCUUCAGUUGGAUUUUAAAGUAAAGAUGUUGCUAGUAAACUUUGCGAAAAGUUUCUUUUUCAUGUUCAAGAGUUUCAAGAGUGUAUAUAUAUGCACCAGUCCAGUUCGGCUGAUAGAGUGUGAUUGUUGCUUUGAAGAACUCAGGAAAAUCUAUCUAAAUUUCGCGAAUAAGCAGCCAUUUGAAUGGCGAUAUAUAAUAUGCUUCAGAAUAGUUAGUUUGAGUUGAUUUCCUUAUUAUGCAUCAUGUAUCUUUGCGAACAUUUGCUAGAAAUUGGUGAGUGUAUUUAUCUUUGCGGA